UGGAAGAAAGUUGAGUGGAAAAUAUUUGCUACUUGUUUUAACGACGACUAGCGUGCCAAGACAUCAUUGUCUCGGCUCUCGACGUGGUUGUUUCCUCAGGUCGUCUGGGCGACUCGCGGAACCUCGAUAGCAACCUUGAUUUCACGGACGAAACCAACUUUAUUCCCACAACACCAAAGUCGGCACCCAAUCGCAGCUUCUAUUCAAGUUAAAUAUCAAGGGAGGAUCGAGCCAUCACGAACGAUGGGUGACUUUCACUUUGGAGGAACUGAGGAGGAGAGCGCCGAGAUAACGAAGCUCAAUAACGAAGUCCUCGAGGAUACGGAUAACUUUGAAAACUGGGAGAAGCUUGUCCGAGCUGCUGAGUCGUUGGAGGGCGGCUUAAAUCGCAACUCGAGUCCUCAGGCAAUUACCACUGUACGAGAUGUCUACGACCGCUUCCUUCUGAAGUUUCCAUUACUCUUUGGGUAUUGGAAGAAAUAUGCGGAUCUCGAGUUUUUAAUCGCAGGCACCGAAGCCGCAGAGAUGGUCUUUGAGCGCGGUGUCGCAGGCAUCACAAACUCGGUAGACUUGUGGACAGACUAUUGCUCCUUCAAGGUUGAGACGAGCCACGUUCCUGAUGUCACCAGAGAGUUGUUUGAGCGGGGUGCCUCGUGUGUUGGUUUGGACUUUCUGGCACAUCCAUUUUGGGACAAGUACCUGGAAUUUGAGGACCGCUGGGAGGCACAUGACAAGAUAUUUGCCAUUCUCAGCAGGGUGGUCCACAUUCCUAUGCAUCAAUAUGCGAGGUAUUUCGAGAAGUUCCGCCAACUCGCCCAUACUCGCCCUGUUUCCGAGCUGUUACCAUCGGAUGUCCUUACUAAAUACAGCGAGGAAAUUAUGUCGGAAGCGUCAAAUUAUCCUUCAGCGCCGAAGGGGGAGCUCGAGGUUGAAAGAGAGCUUCGCGCCAAGAUCGAUAACGACCACAUGGCGAUUUUCACAAACACGCAGACUGAGACAACGAAGCGUUGGACGUAUGAGUCCGAAGUCAAGCGCCCUUACUUCCAUGUAACGGAAUUGGACGUGCACCAAUUAGUCAACUGGCGAAAGUACCUUGAUUUUGAGGAAGCGGAAGGAAACUAUGUCAGAGCCCAGUUCCUCUACGAGCGAUGCUUGGUCACCUGCGCUUUUUACGAUGAAUUCUGGUUUAGAUACGCUAGAUGGAUGCUUGCGCAAGAUGGAAAGGAGGAGGAAGUUCGCAACAUCUACCAACGUGCGAGCACCCUUUACGUCCCCAUCAGCAGACCGGGGAUCAGGCUUCAAUACGCAUACUUCGAAGAAUCGGCUGGGCGGCCAGAUGUAUCUCAAGAAAUCCACGAAGCGAUUCUACUCAGACUCCCUGGAAAUGUGGAGACUAUUGUUUCUUGGGCCAACUUGCGGAGAAGGCAGUCCGGUCUUGAGGCAGCUAUUGAGGUUUAUAAGAACCAAAUUGAUUCGCCUUCUAUCGACAUACAUUCCAAGGCCGCCUUGGUUGUCGACUGGGCGUGCCUUUUGUGGAAGAUCAACGGCUCGGUUACCGACGCACGACAGGUUUUCGAGACCAACGCACAGUGGUAUCCCAGCAGCCGCCAAUUCUGGGAGAAGUACUUACAGUUUGAGCUAGAGCAGCCUACGAGCACGGCAUCAGAGAGUGAGCAAUACACCAGGAUCAAGCAGGUGUUUGAUGAUAUAAGGAGAAAGGCCCGUUUGACCAGUGCUACCGUCAAGGAUUUGAGCCAUUACUAUAUGGAAUACCUUCAGCAGCGAGGGACAAGGGAUGCAAUGAAGGAGUUCCUACAGGUUGACCGAGAGAUCAAUGGUCCGGUGUCAGUUCGGUUGCCUGGGGUUGGCGAAGAGAAACCCGCUGCUCAGGAGAACGACCAGGACAACCAGGAUACAAAGGGUGAUGCGUCGUACAGCAAAUACUACCGAUUGCCAGAACUUGUUGCUACCUCGCAGGCUAUGUCUCAGUUGGCACCCUUCUAUUGAUUGACUGUUCGGAUUACGGUUGACAGCGAAGUCUGGAGGAAGUAGAUUGUCAUGUUGCCACAUCCUCCUUGCGCCUUCUCGUGGUUUCCAGUUUGUAUAACUAUAAUCUAGACAGCGGCAGCUUCAAUGACGAUGUAAGAAAUGGAUGUUAGAAUAGUGGAACUUUGCUCACUGGUUUUGGAGGCCUUUAUAUUACUCCAUUCAAUCCAAGCUACAAAGAGCCUUACAACUUCUAUAUGUAUAUGACUUACGUAAUUAUUCGUGCCUGGUAUGUUUUUUCGUGACCUAUAUGGUUCUGUUGGCUACAUGUUUGUUCAUCACCGCCACCUUAUGACGGUGGCUGUCGGAAUAAUUAUUUCCAAAAUGUAGUUUCUGAUAUUUUUAUUAAAUAUAGAUAUACGUACAUGUAUAGCGAAAGCCCUGAAAGCCUCAGUCAUAUGUGCCGACGCGACAAUAAUUGCGAUAAAUCCACCACAACACUAGAAAUCAAUUGAAACUACUCGGAGUCCUCUUCCUCAGACGUGUCUAUUACAAUCCGACUUAGUCCCACCACACUUGCCAUAGCGACGGGCCCGGGUUUCUACCCUUGGCACGACUUGCCCUUAUGUCCUGGUCUACCUGCACUAUAACAUCCCUCUCUGUAAUGGUGGGUGCACCAGAUGUGAGAAUCUAGCCACCCAGGGGAGGGAUGAUUUUACUAAGACAACACACUGUCUUAGGAAACAGAGCCAAAGGGUUGUAGCUUAGACUAUUCCACAACACAGCAAUCAGGUGUAUGAUGUAGUGAAGUGGUUUAGACAAGUUGUAACAAAUGUUGAGUCUGAGAACUCAGGGGUAAGUCAGAGGUUAGCACCUCACUGACUUUUCAAAAAUAGAGAAUAACAAGAUCAAUGCUUGGAAGCUUGGAAAAGACGUAGAAGUAUGUGCUAGUCGAUUUACUGUAU